UCUCAAGGAGAAGAUGAAUGAGAGAGGAGGAGAUGCUAAUGGAAGAGGAGCUGUAGCUGAGAAGACAAGUGAGCCGCCGCCAUCAAAAGUUGAAGCUUUGGAUGGCUCCAACUAUGAGGAAUGGAGCGGACGGAUGAGGAGUGCCUUCAAACGCUACAAGCUACUGAAGAUUGCUGUUGGGGAAGAGAAGAUGCCAGAAGAAGGCGAAGCACGCGAACCGUGGAUUGAGAAAAGCGCGGUGCUUUUCGACCUCAUCCUUCAAUCGGGUUUACUGUGGAGCCAUGUGCUGAUGAGGAGGUAGUGGGUGAUAGUGACAGGAAGCUGUUUCAUUCGAUGGUUGGGUCGCUGAAUUAUGCUGCAAAUCAUACACGGCCUGAUAUUGCAUUUGCUACAUCACGAUUGGCUAGUGUGGUCUCACGCCCUAGUCAUGAGCAGCUGGAAGCGGCCAAGAGGUUGGUCCGCUAUGUGAGUGCUACGGCAUCAGUGGGAUUGGAGUACAGUGGAGUGAGGCAGCGGUUGCAGAGAGGUGCUGCAGAUGUGAAGAGUGGAGAGAUGCUCUUGAGUUGCU